UUACCAGAAUGGCGCGUACAGGGAUGUCAUUUGAAAGGCAAACAAGACGCCGGCUUAGGCGUACACUCGUGCUCUAGGGAUUGUGUUCUAGGGACUUAAUAGCAUUACUUGAGGGACACAAUCAUGGCGUGUUGUGGGAACCUAUAGCUAGUGAACUUCAAAAGGAUGAUCCGUUUAUCACGAGGAAUGGACUUGCUGCUAACUUCACUGAAACAUCAGCCAACUUGACCAAAAACCAAACAAAUAGGACACCAACAAAGAACAGCGCGGACCACUUCAACUUUAUAAACAUUGCUAGUAUGUCGGUCAGUUCAAUCGGAAUGUUAUGCAAUUUACUAUUAAUACUUGUCAUGUUAAUCAAUCCUUUAAAAGUUUUACAUCGUGGAGCGUGGGUGACCAUUCUGAACCUUUCAAUUGCCGAUUGUUUGGCUUCUGGCUCCCUCUUUUCCAAAUUGUGUUUCCAUCAAAUAGAGGGCGAGACGCCUCCCAAAUGGUUGGAAAUCACUCUAAACUUCCUAUGGAUGUUUAGUGUGAGUGCAUCAUUUAUGUUGCUUGCACUCUUAACCGUGCAAGUGUAUAUGAUCAUAAAAUAUCCCGUGAAAAGUCGUUUGAUGAUUACAAAAUGUAAAAUCGCGGUGACUGGCACGAUCAUCUGGAUACUCGCCAUCUGCAUGGGUCUGAGCCAAAUAAGUUACAUUUGGAUGAUAAACGACGACUUAAGCAUGAGAGUGUUUUGUCUUUAUAUUGUCGCCAUUGCUAUUUUGGAGAUCGCUACAGCGUUUCAAGUGGUUUUAAAGAUACUUAUUGCUAUAGAGAUUUUAAAAAGCCGAAGACAGUUGAAGAACGCCAAAAUUCCGAAUAAAAAAGAAAAGGAUGUUGCAAAAACUGUCAUCAUACUAAACCUGAUACUAAUCGUGACCGCGUUCCCUUAUUUCGUGGCAAAACAGAUUGCGUAUGUGACCAGACUUCGCCUUGGUACUGACCCAAUGUUCAUCAAUUUUUCUUAUUACUACGAGCCUAUUGCACUUCUCAAUUUUGUCACAAAUCCACUGCUAUAUUCUCUACGUUUACAAGAUUAUCGCCGCAGUUUACUCGCCCUCUUCAACUUCAAUUGCAAGAAGCGUCCGCCAUCACAGCCAUUACGAGUAGCAAUAAGCUCCAUACGUGGUUCAAUAAAGACGACAGAAACAACAAAAUUAUGAAUAGUUCCAUCCAUUUCCAUGUAUGAACACAUAGAAUCAUAACCGGUUAUAACCGGCUAUACUAUAUUAACAGUAAACAGUAAAGGUGACUUGAUAAUUGCGAAAACCUUGCUCAGAAAAACCCAAGCAGAAUCUGCAUGCGCCAUAUUUCUUUUUAUUUAUUAGGGUUACUAUAGGCUAUACUUUAAAACAAGUAGCAUUGCACUGCUAAAAACUUUCAUAAUAUAGCUAUACCGAGAAUAAAAAGUUCUACAAUACCUCGAAAUGAUAUUUUGGGACAUGAAGUUUAUUUUCAUUACCUCGAAACUAGAUAAAAAUACAGAUAAAUAUGCACCAGAGUAACG